UAGCAAAUGUCACAAUCAGUCUACAAAAACAAAUGUCCAUUCUCCAAAUGGACAUCAGAGCAGCUCUGGCAGUGUCUUCAGCAAAUCAAGUAGUAACCAAAGACUACUUGAAGGUAAUCAUUGACAAUCAGAAGGAAGCACACAAACUAUUCAGACUUCUUACCACAAAUUCUGGAAAUCGCAAGAUGGAAGUGGUUCUUCAACAACACAGUCCAUCCUUGAUUCCAGAGCUCCCCAUUGCAGUCAAAGAAGGAGAAGUCUCUUACAUUCCUACACAUCUAAACUUGACUGAUCUAGUCCUUGAAGCUCAGAGAAGCAAUCCAGAAAACUCAACACAGCGCUUAUCCAGCUCCGGAUUGGAUGGAACAGAGGCUGUAGGAACAAUUGCUGCUCACUUCUCAAAUGAAAAUCAAACAGAGGAGAGACGGAACAACAUGAGGCGCAUCAAAGAACUAUGUGGAAACAUGCAAGGCAUCAGGGAGAUUGCCAAAUCUUCAAAGCGCAAGAAGCACUGAAGGCUUUUUUCAUCAAAUCAGGGGGAAAGUAUGUGAAAACAUUAUUUUGCUUUGAUGAAAACACCUUCUUAUUUAAACAUUGCUCUACUGGUUUAAACUUUGCCUUAAUAUUUCUCUUAAUUGUGCUCACUAUGCUUGAUUAUACCUAAUUCAAGUAUGUUUUUGAGAUUUAUUCUUAGCGCAUACAUUCAGGGGGAACUUAACUAGUUUUUGGCUAACAAUUGCUUUUGGCAAUGAAUUAUUGAUAAGCUC